AUGCCUGGUUGGCUGCUGGUCACAAGAGCCAAUAGGCAGAGCACACGCACGCGAGCCACCCAAACGUCAGGCGUGCCUGCUAGCGAGCUUGAAGUGCGUGCGUGCGUAGUCGACACGUGGGACAUACGUGCGCACGCACGCACGACGCACGCACUGAAUGACCUAGAGAAAGCGAAGCGGACGUGGGCGACACAUAGCCCUGCUGCACAUCUCGUGCUCUCGACAUCCGUCGCGAGUGGUUCAGACACUAAGGCGGCGGUUGGGCUGUACCGAGUCACCGAGGAUCUGGGAAACGACCAGGAUACAAACUUGGCGGCAAGUUUAGCAAACCGCGACCAAGUCGACCGUACUGGCGCUAACGCACCGCCACACCUUCUUCCAACUUCCCCGAGUCCUGUUUUUUUCACAAAGACCCCCCUUCCUCUCAACCCUUUGCAUCAACUACCUCGCGACCGAGCUAAUUCGCUCGAUGGUCACAUUCUCCGCUCCCUAAUGACUCGUGAUAUGGACGACAGUCCUCGAGAAAUUGCGUCCACGGCAUCCUCCUCCCCCCUUCAUCCGAUGACCGACAGCAGUGCUCUUUCACGCUCCUCAUCUAACGGCUUAUCUCCCGCAAAUCCUCCAGCUCCUUCAGUCCAACAAAAUCCGCCAUCUCGGAACAAUGGACUCCUCUACAAUUUGCUCAUUUCCUCCGACUCGAAAAUCCCCCCCGUGCGUCUUAAGCAGCCGUUUGCGUCGACCAAUACCACGUCGAUAUCAGAGGCCAAGAAGCACAGGUUUGAGGAACCGGAGCAAAGCCGUAGCAUGUUGGAAUUCACGGGCCUGCGACGAUUCAGUUUCGGUGGAUAUUCAGCCUCGAGGGGCGACCGAAUUCCUGCCACUCUGCGAGGCAGAAGUGGGCCAGCCACGGUCCCAAUGUCUUUUAGGCCCAAGAUUGGUCGUGCUAUAGACGAAUGCGUCGCAGUAAAUGCUGUUAGGGCUUCCACUUUCCCCAACUCGUCUACCUCAGCCCAUUCAAUCCUUUCUGCCCUCAUUUCUUCCCCAUGCCUAGACCUGUCACCGGGUCUCUCGUCUACUUCCACCGACUCGGGCUUAGAUGAGCCAUUGGAUCUGACGGGUUGUUCCGUUAGGACACGAAAAACUACAACAGCACAAACCAUCGAAGCAGUCCAGUUGGCCAAAAAAACAGCCCGUCCCGUGCAUGCUAGAGUGUCGGAGUGGCUGCGACAAGCUGCUGAAUUUGCACAAUCCAACAAACUGCUUCCUGUUUCGUGGACAUUGGCUUUUCGCUCCGUUUGGCACCGGCUCCUAAUCCUUUCGAUGGCAGAACAUGCAUUAGAUGUGGUCUUGGUGGAGUCGCCGCACGCGGCCGAGCACUUGUCAGUUGGCGAACCAAUUCUGCCAUGGUUGGCGCUCUCAUCCGACGUCCAACAACUAGUGCCGACGAGGAAAUUCGCUAACCAGGUGGUUCAUUGUUUAAAUGGAAUUCGGGAACAAAACCUGUCAUCGGAAGAAUUCGCAAUGCUAAGAAAGGCUGUUCUUCUAACUGCUGACCAGCCGGAGGCAUUGCCGACCUUUGCUGUUAAUACAAUUCGAAUAGCACGUUCAGCUACGUCUGGCGAUGCAGAUUGCUGUUCUAGUGAUCAGGAUGAUGGAGGGCUUUCUCCUCUUUCACGUGCACUUCUACUCCUCACAGAGAUAUCCCCAUCCAAAUUUGCGGGCCUCUUCUGUUGCCAUUUAAAGGGGGAAUCGAGCCUAGUAAAUAUCCUUCCUCCUGAACUCCGCUCGUCAUCUCAGCCACGCCCCGACGCCGAGCAGAGCAUCUUAGGGAGUCUGAUAUAUGAUGCUCCUCAACCGACUUCGACAGAAACCCAAACCACCGCCGGACAACGGAUUUUCACAACCCCAUCGGUCUACACCAAUCCAUCUUUCUAA